GUUCGGAACAUUGAGGGGAAACACUUGUGUCUUCUUCCUUCCCGCCUUCUUCAUCGACGGUCAUGUCUUUAGCAGAGUCGGCGUCCAUUAUCGAUGGCGCUUUUCAAGACAUACCCGUAAUCGAUCUUUCCCGUGCAGCGAGUCCGGAUGAGAACGAGAGGAAAGCGCUUGCGUAUCAGAUACGCGAUGCAUGUAUGAAUGUAGGGUUUUUCUAUGUCAAGAACCAUGGGAUACCACAGGAAUGUAUAGACAAUGUCCUUGAAGCCAACAAAGAGUACUUCAAGCUUCCAACGGAGGAAAAGCUGAAGCUCAACCACAAGAUCGUCGCCAACUUCAAAGGGUACACACCACUACUCGAUGCCAAUAUUGAACCCGGGAACAGCGGCGACCUGCACGAGGCGUUCCAAAUCGGUUGGGAGGAGCUCGAGGCAAGGGCCCAUGAUGAGAAGCGUGCAAAUGAUGGUGCCAUGGCGGGCGCUAAUGUUUGGCCCGAACAUCCUGAAAAGUAUAGAGAAGGCAUGUUGAAAUACUACCAUGCGGCAGUAGCUGUGGGAAGGAUACUUUUCCCACUGUUUGCACUAUCUUUGGAUUUGCCAGAGAGAUAUUUUGAUGACAAGACGAAGAACUCGGCUGCCAUUAUGAACGCAUUGCACUACCCCCCACAGACAGGUCUUGCAGACGACCGUAUCGUCGGCAUCGGUGCCCACACGGACUUUGAGUGUUUCACGAUACUCUGGCAACAGCCAGGAAUUCAAGCGCUGCAGGUGCUGAAUUCCCAGAAGCAGUGGAUCAAAGCCCCACCCAUUGACGGAACACUGGUCAUUAACCUGGGUGACCAAUUCGCUAGGUGGACAAAUGAUAUUUUCAAGUCUACGGUCCACAGGGCUGUCAAUAGGAAUGGCGUUGACCGUUAUUCUAUCCCCCUAUUCUUUGGCACUGAUUAUGAUGUUAACAUCGAGCCUAUUGCAAGUUGUGUAUCUGCUGAGCGACCCGCGAGGUAUGGGCCCGUAUCAGCCGGAGAAUAUGUCAAUCAGCGCUUGAAGGAAAUGUAUUAUUAAACGAUCUGAACUUGUAACUAUAUCAAUGUCUCAGCACUUAGUCUCAUAUGAGCACAGAUGAUGAGGGUUAAGCAC